GAAGGACCAGAGCAAGUGGCUCCACGUGGGAUGUUACUGGGAAGAUCUGAAGGGCAUGUUUCUCAGAGUCCUGAGCACGGAGAGACCUGGGAGAGUCAUAAGCCAGAAAGGGAGCAGAGAAACCAUCCAGAGAAGGGACAGGGUAAAUCCAGUCACAGGAGCAGAAGGCUGGAAAGAAACACAGAAACCAUUCAACAGAAAAUCCCUCAUCAACAAGCCCCCUAUACUUGCAGUGACUGUGCAACUCUUAUUGAGCAUCAUAGAAUCCACAGAGAGAAACCCUUCAACUGCUCUGACUGUGGGAAAAGGUUCCGGGAGAGGUCGGAACUUGAAAGACACAGCAGAAUCCACACACGGGAUAAACCUUUUUACUGCUCUGACUGUGGGAAAAGCUUCAGUUGGAACUCACAUCUUUUGAGACAUCAAAGAACUCACACAUACGAUAAACAUUUUAACUGCUCUGACCUUGGGAAAAGCUUGAGUGACAGUUCAGACCUUGGUACACACAGGGGAAUCCAAAGAGGAGUGAAACCCUUCAACUGCUCCGACUGUGGGAAAAGCUUCAGAUGGAACUCACAUCUUUACAGACAUCAGAGAACUCACACAGAUGAGAAACAUUUCAGCUGCUCUGAGUGUGGGAAAAGCUUCAGUCAGCACUCAAAUCUCAUUAGACAUAAGAGAGGCCACACAAGAGAAAAAUCUUUCAAUUGCUCUGACUGCAGGAAAAGCUUCAGUGAGCAUUCAGAACUUGUUAGACAUAGGAGAAUCCGCAUAGGAGACAAACCCUUCAGCUGUUCUGAUGCUGCAAAAUGCUUAGGUCAGAGCUCAGACCUAAUUGAACAUCAUAGAAUCCACAUAGGAGAGAAACCCUACAGCUGCUCUGACUGUGGGAAAAGCUUCAGUAAGAGGUCAUACCUUGUCUCACACAGGAGAAUCCACAGGGGAGUGAAACCCUUCAGGUGCUCUGACUGUGGGAGAAGCUUCAGUCAGAACUCAACCCUGAUUAAACAUCAGAGAAUUCACACUGGAGAGAAGCCUUUCAACUGCUCUCACUGUGGGAAAAGCUUCAAUAGCAACGCACAUCUUGUUAGGCAUCAGAGAAUCCACACAGGAGAGAAACCCUUCUCCUGCUCAGACUGUGGGAAAAGCUUCAGUCAGAGGUCAGACCUUGUUAGGCAUUGGAGAGUCCAAACCGGGGAGAAAUUCUUUAGCUGCUCUGACUGUGGGAAAAGCUUCAGUAGUUCCUCAUAUCUUAUUAAACAUAGAAAAAUCCACACAGGAGAGAGACCUUUCAACUGCUCUGACUGUGGGAAAAGCUUCAGUCAGAGGUCAAGCCUUGUUAGGCAUAGGAGAAUCCACACAGGGGAGAAACCCUUCAGCUGUGGUGACUGUGGGAAGAGCUUCAGGGACAAGUCAGACUUGGUUAAACAUAGGAGAAUCCACACAGAAAAAAAACCUUUCAGCUGCUCUAACUGUGGGGGAAACUUCAGUAGGCGCUCAAGUUUUAUAAGUCAGGAGAGAAACCAGACUGAGUUGGAAGCCCUUCAUCUGCUCUGACUCAGGCUAAUGCUUAAGUCAGAGCUCAGCCCUAACUGAAUAUCGUAGAAUCCACACAGGAGAGAAAUCCUUUGAUUGCUCUUAUUAUGGGAAAGGCUGCAGUAGGACCUCACAUCUUGUUAGACAUAGGAAAAUCUCACAAAAGAAAUCCUUUGAAUGCGGACUGGGGUGGGGGGGGGACUUGUAUCUGUGUUCAGAUUAGGAAUGUGGGUGACUAGUCAGCUAUCCAAUAAGCAUAUGUUUAUUGGAUAGUCAAUUCAACUAGUCACUCUCCCCCUUUCUGCCUCUAUCAGACUUAAAAGCCAGCUUAGAAGCCUGUUC